AUGGGCACCGUGACCUACCGUGAUGGAAUCGCUAUCCUACAGCUCAUCAUAUUCCCCUUCAUUGUGGUCGCCGCCUUAUUCAUCUGGAACCGCACGGGCUGGAAAGCUGGCAGCAAGAUCUGGCGGUUUGCAGUCACCCUUUCGCUCAUUCGGAUCGCUGGCAGCAUCUCGUCGCUGCUGACCAUCAAUAAUGAUUCAUACAACGUUGAAGUCGCCGUGGCCGUGUGCGAACUAAUUGGAAUCGCGCCCUUGUUACUCACAUACGUCGGCUUGUUGAGGCAAAUUGACACGCAACAAAGCCUCCCUCCUCGGCUCAUCAACGGAGUGGCCAUCAUCUGUGUCAUUGGCCUGAUACUUGGUAUUGCCGGUGUCAGUAGCGCUAGCGACAAUGGCACCUAUCAUCCCGAUAGCAUCGUCAAAGCGUCGAUGGGCAUCUUCCUCGCGGUCUUCGUCAUCAUUCUUCUCCUUACCUAUCUGCUCUUCGUCCGAGUUCGGCCCACCAUGCGGGUGUUCCAGAAGAAGCUCUUUCUCGCCAUUGCCUGCUCUUGUCCCUUGCUGGUUGUUCGACUGGUUUACUCGGCGCUCGGAGAUUUCACUACAGAUUCCCGGUUCACGGUACUCGUGGGAAGUCCCACCAUCUAUCUGUGCAUGGAUGUGCUGGAGGAAAUCUUCGCCAUGAUUAUCACCAUGGUGCUUGCAGUAUCUGCUGUGUUGGAGAAGGACUUUGUCCAGCCGGGCUCCAUCAGGCAACCUGAAGAGGGGAAAAUCGAGGGGGUAUAAGGCCGUUUACCGUGGCGACGGCAGGAGACUGUUCUAGUGUGAUGUUGUAUAAUUGGUUUUGGUUUCCGAGAGUAUCUUUCCUUAUUCGAAGAUCGCAUAUCUAUAGAGUUUCCGCACUGUCCACAUUGUUUCAGUUUGUACUGAAUGAUAAUCAUCCCUGUUCAUGCCCUUAUACUGAAUAAGUAUCACACAUAGGCCGACAAGUGCUGUAGGAAACAUAACCUAAGCAAGCUGGGUGCUUAGCUGCAUUGGAGGCCCCACCCCAAGAGGGAAUCUCUUUUGGGUAACUCAUAACCCAGUGAAUAUUACGUACCUAGUCGUUGGCUGUGUCCGGGCGUCGAUUAUCUCAUUGGAUAGGGUUGUUGGUACGCCCGGUCAUCGUGGAGUUUGACAUGUUUAGGGCGUUUUGUGGCUAUCCGCCGUGGGUCCAAUGGAUGUGGUUGGCUCGUCC